UGGUUUAGUCCGAUCAGAUCGGUGUCAAUGUGCGAGGAGUCCCUCUAUCCCAACAUCUUUGCUAUGUUGCACAUAUGAAAGACUCUAUUCCCUCUUCCUUCUAUCCCAUAAAGAUAAAAUGAACCAAGGAAUUCUACAUUGGAAUCCAUGCUAUACAAACAAACUCUCACCCUUCUCCUUAUCUCCAUAUUCAUCCUCAUCUUUCUCAUUUAUCCCCAAAUUUAAGCACCUAACCCUAAUCUCAGCUACCAUAAAAUCCCUUGAAGAACAAGAAGAAGAAAAAUUACCUGCAAGAGAGAGAAGAAAGGUUAGAAAUGAGAGGAGAGAAAGCAAAGCUUUUAACUGGAAAGAAGAAGUAGAAAUGAGGCUUAUUAAGAAGCCUAAGAAGAGAUAUGCUUCUUGGACUGAAGAACUUAACCUUGAUAAUUUGGCCCAUUUGGGCCCACAAUGGUGGGUUGUUCGGGUUUCUCGGGUUGGUGGUCAAGAGACUGCUGAACGUCUUGCUCGUUCUCUUGUUAUUAACUUUCCAGACAUUGAUUUUAAGCUUUAUUUUGCAGCUGUACAAGAGAAAAGAAAGUUGAAGAAUGGUUCUGUCUCGAUCAAGCCAAAACCGUUAUUUCCUGGAUGUGUCUUUUUGAGGUGUGUGCUGAACAAGGAGUUACAUGAUUUCAUUCGAGAUUUUGUUGGCAUAGGAGGUUUCGUUGGAUCCAAAGUCGGAAAUACGAAACGGCAGAUAAACAAGCCAAGACCAGUGGAUGAGGACGACAUGGAAAAAAUAUUUAUUCAAGUGAAAGAAGAGCAGGAGAAGGCUGAUCUAGCCUUUGAAGAAGAGCAGAAAUCAGUGCUUAACGCUGAGGUACCUGAUCUAACGUCUAAGGCAAUUGACCUGGAAGAACUUUUCGGUUCUAGUCCAAAGAGACGAAACAAAAAGAUUCCUGAGUCUGCAUCAAAAGAAAGAAAGAAAAAGACCCCAAAAAUUGGUUCAACGGUUCGAGUCGUUUCUGGAUCCUUUGCGGAGUUCUCAGGCGUCCUUAAGAAAGUAGAUAAAAAGGAUGGAACGGUGACUGUUGGAUUCACACUUUUCGGCAAGGAAACCAUAGCCGACUUAGACAUCAACCAAAUUGUCGAGGAGCCAGAGUAAACCUACCUCGAGCGUAUGUGAUCUUCAAUCCUCGCCUUCUACCCUUCGAAAUAAUUAUGAUUUGUAACCUUUUGUAAUGUUUUAUCAUGUUUAGAUGUGCAAAUGUAAAUCAUGAACAGUAAUGUGUAUUGUUUUAGAAUUAUUAGAGCCCUUCAUUUUACAGAACUGAUUGCACUUCCACAGAUUAUUUGCAGAACA